AGACAUCCGUUUCUUCUGUAAGUGUUUAUGAAGUAGGAAUAUAUAUGUUAUAAAAAGAAAUUUGUUUGCAUGAUAUUCAGAAAAAAGUCAUUUGAGUCAUACACAAAUGACGGAGGUCUGUAUUACGGGAAUUCAAGCCUAUAGUUUGCCAUUCUUUGCAAAAUUAAUGUAGUAUAUUAUGUAGUAGAGAACAAAGAUAUGGGUAGCAGAUACUGUUAUCGAUCAGUUAUCAUUGUGAUCAUAUGUUUACGGGAAAGUUUCAAUCAGCUGCAUCCACUACUUCUCAGGAUUCCUCGUAGUUAUUGCACUUAUUGGAUCGAAGGAGAGUGUAUCAGAUGUUUGAAGGGAUACUAUGGCGGUAAUUGUGAACACCCCUGCAGCUACCCUACCUAUGGAAAAAAAUGUCAGUCAAAGUGUUACUGUGGAGAAGAGCAGUGUGAUCAUAUCAAUGGAUGUAGAGAGUGUAUGAAGGGUUAUAAUGGCAGUAGCUGUGACCAACCGUGUAACUACCCUACCUAUGGAAAGGAUUGUCUGUCAACGUGUAAUUGUGAGGAAGAGUAUUGUAAUCAUAGCACUGGAUGUAAAGAAAAAAUAAAAACGAGUCAUUGACUGGCUAUUUGCCAUCAACGCGUUUUUACUCCAUCGAUGGUAUUAACGUUUUCACCAGUGUGAUCAGAAGGCUGUCGACCACUAGGAAAUCAAAGAUAUAAAGUGGAUCCUCAAAGGUAGAAGGGGUUAAUAGUGGUAUAAGUGCCAAUGUAUAAUAAUGUCUGCACUGGUUUUUAUUUAAAUGUUAUAAAGUAAAUAUACGUAUUUUUCUCUUAAAUAAAAAAAACGUCAGUAAUACAUAUGUUAUGUACACAAUUUACAUUGUCUACGAAUUGAGUUUUUAUAUGCGUCAUAUUGUUGCAUAUUAUUGAUCAAAAUUGAAGGUAAUUUGUUACUACUUAAUAACCUUUGUUUGAAUGUUAUUGUUUUUUUUUAUUUUGUAGAGUAUUGACUGUUCUUAAGAUUUUCCUGUAUAAUUCUUUUAUCGUGUC